AUAUGUCAUAUAGUAGUGUCGGUAUGUAAUAUUUUUCUUCCGCCGCGAAUGUGAGAGAAAAAAGAAAAACACACAAUUUUUUUGUAAUUAAUUUCGCGAGUUAUUAAUCUCCAUUUUGUAUAUUUAAAAUAAAUAAUUCCAUCUGCAACUUUUCGCCGUAAAUGCAAACAAUUCACUUAAAUAAUUCGAUUGCAAUUCCUUUGUGAAAAAACGUGUGUGCAUAUUCCACAAAAGUAAAAUUGUAACAUUUUUUUCCAGAGCAUAUAUCUCCCAAAAGUGCUGCAACGAAAAAGAAAUGAAUUCUCUUUCAAACAAAUGUAUGUCGUCAACGGAAAAUGGUCUUCAUCACGAUAAAGUAGCAAUUUUAGAUGCUGGAUCUCAAUAUGGGAAGGUUAUUGAUAGGAAAGUGCGUGAAUUACAAAUAGAAUCCGAUAUUCUACCCUUGGACACAACAGCUGCAGAGCUUAAAGUCAAUGGGUAUCGAGGAAUCAUUAUAUCAGGAGGUCCAGCUUCAGUUUAUGGCGAUGAUGCGCCUCGAUAUGAUCCGGAAAUAUUCAAAUCGAAAAUUCCCAUAUUAGGUAUUUGCUACGGAAUGCAAAUGAUGAAUAAAGAGUUUGGUGGAACCGUGCACAAAAAGGACAUUCGAGAAGAUGGUCAACAGAAUAUUGAGAUAGAACCAUCGUGUCCACUAUUCAAUCGCCUUAGCCGAACACAGUCCGUUCUCUUAACCCACGGCGAUAGUGUCGAUCGAUUGGGAGACAAACUUAAAAUUGGUGGAUACUCUUCAAAUGAAAUUGUAACUGCCAUAUACAAUGAAGCUCUACGAAUAUACGGAGUGCAAUUUCAUCCCGAGGUUGAUUUAACAACUAACGGCAAACAAAUGCUCUCUAAUUUCCUUUACGACAUUUGUGGGCUUUCACCCACUUUUACUGUGGUUAAUCGAAAGGAGGAAUGUGUUAAAUAUAUAAAAGAAAAAGUUGGAAGCAACAAAGUUUUGUGUCUUGUGAGUGGUGGUGUAGAUUCGACUGUUUGUGCAGCUUUACUAAGACAUGCAUUGGAUCCAAGUCAAAUUAUUGCAGUACACGUAGAUAACGGAUUCAUGCGAAAGGACGAAAGUGAAAAAGUUGAAAAAUCACUGAGAGAAAUUGGCAUUGAUCUGAUAGUGAGGAAGGAACUGUUUCAAUUUCUAAAAGGUACCACAUCUGUUAAGCGCCCUGGUCAAUUGUACAUUGUGGAAACCCCAAUGCUAUGUCAAACGUUUAAUCCUGAGGAAAAACGUAAGAUAAUAGGUGAUGUGUUUGUCAAGGUGACAAACGACGUUGUUAGCGAAAUGAAACUGAAACCAGAAGAAGUACUAUUAGCACAAGGUACAUUAAGGCCUGACCUUAUUGAAUCUGCAUCCAGUUUGGUCAGCAGUAAUGCGGAUACAAUUAAGACACAUCAUAACGAUACCGAUUUGAUAAGAGAACUAAGAAGUGCUGGUCGAGUCGUUGAACCGCUUAGUGAUUUUCAUAAAGAUGAAGUAAGGACCUUGGGAUUCAAUUUAGGACUACCAGCACCACUUGUUGAAAGGCAUCCAUUCCCUGGCCCUGGUUUAGCCAUAAGAAUUUUGUGUGCUGAUGAACCGUACAUUGAAAAGGAUUUCUCCGAAACACAGGUUAUAGCACGAGUGAUAGUAGACUACAAAAACAAACUGGAAAAGAAUCACGCUUUAAUAAACCGAGUGACUGGCUCAACGUCCGAAGACGAACGAAGAGAACUCUUACGAAUUUCAUCUAAUUCCCAAAUACAAGCGACUGUCUUGCCAAUCCGAUCAGUUGGCGUGCAAGGUGACAAAAGAAGUUACAGCUAUGUGUUGGGUCUUUCUAGUGACACCGAACCAAAUUGGAGCGAUAUAAUGUUUUUGGCCAAACUAAUCCCUCGAAUCUUACAUAAUAUAAAUCGAGUUUGCUAUGUAUUCGGUAAACAGGUUAAGUUUCAAUUCCAUGAUAUAACGCAUACGAAUUUAAAUCGUUACGUGCUGAAGCAAUUACGACAAGCCGAUGCUAUUGCAACUGAUAUUAUCCAACAAGCUGGAUUGAAUAGAAAAAUCUCACAAAUGCCUGUUGUGCUAAUUCCGCUCCAUUUUGAUCGUGAUCCAGCCAACCGAAUACCAUCAUGCUGUAGAUCGAUUGUACUGCGGCCUUUUAUAACAAACGAUUUUAUGACUGGUGUGCCGGCUAUUCCAGGUUCAGUUCAACUGCCAAUUCAUGUGCUUGAAAAUAUAGUGCGUGAAAUAACCAAAUUGGACGGAAUUUCAAGAGUUCUCUACGAUUUAACUUCAAAACCGCCCGGAACAACAGAAUGGGAAUGAUUUAUCCAACUACCAUAGCAGCAGACAAAAAUCUUUCAAACUCUUUAUUCUGAAGUUUGUUCUAUUCACCUGCUGUGCAUAGGGAUUCUUCUUGAACAAGUCAAAUACAACUAAAUUAAGAAAAUAUAAUACUAGGAGUUAAAAAAGCAAAGGAAAAUUAAUAUAAUAAAUUUAAUAAUUAAAUAAAAUAAAAAUCUUCACUCUUAACAGAUAAUUAAAAAAAAAAAAACAAAACAAAAUUAACAGGUUCAGUUUACAG